UAGUCCGCGCACUUGUUCUCAUGUCCAUUCCUCCAGCUGAACGCGGCAGAAAACAGGUUGUCGUGGGGGGAACACACAUUCACACAAACACACGAGCGCGAAAAAGAAUCACCACAAUCUAGUGAAACACGCUCAUUUUGACAGAACAUCAAUAAUAACAGGCAGAAGAUUUUUGUAAAUUUUUAACUAUGUCGCCUUAGUAGAAGACGGGUUGAUUGCGUCGAUAAAAUUUUAAUAUUUUUGCUUUUAUAAGCGGGUAGAGUUGAUAGUUUUGGUGAAUUCGGUCUGGUUUGCAAAUAAUUCUUCGCGCUGAAGAGUUGAUAGAACGGUAGUCUGAACAGUGGUCGAUGCAGUUUGUGUAUUUGUUGCAGAAAGGUUGAUUUUCUAGGUACACGGAGUAUUGGAUCACCCUGUAUAUUUUAGAAGAACGAAUAGGAUUUUUAUGUUAAUUUUGAAAAUAGUUGAAAUUCAUCAGGUCAAUGUAAACUAACGGUUAACGUUAAAAAUAGUUUUACGUAGUUCUAAAAUUUAAGUAAGUUCGGUGAAAUGAUCAGAUUAUAUCUCAAUAUGUUACCAAAGAUAUUUAUUAUUGGUUGUUUCUGUAUACUCGCUAUCAUUGCCAAAGAUGUCAGUAUUGAAGAGGAGGAAUACAAUGCCCGAAACUUUCUCAUCCUGUUAAACAGACAAACGGAAAAAGACAGUAAUCGACUAAGUCUAGCCAACUGGGCUUAUGCCUCAAAUUUGACAGAAGAAAACUUAAAAAAUCAGCUGGCUGUAGCUGCUGAAGUGGCCAAAAAUGAAAAGGAAGCCUGGCAAAGAGUGAUACAGUACAACUGGAAAACCUUCUCCGAUCCCAGCUUAAAAAGGCAGUUCCAGAAAUAUUCCGUGCUGGGUAUCUCGGCUUUGCCAGAAGAGAAAUUCAAGAACCUGAACAAGAUCGUCAGCGACAUGGAAGCUAUCUAUUCCAAGGCGAAAAUUUGCCCGUUUGGAGCUAAAACAGCGGAGACAGAGGAAUGCAAGCUGGGUCUCGAGCCAGAGCUGACUAAUAUUCUGGCCACUUCAAGAAACCCCGAAGAACUGAAACACGUUUGGUUGGAAUGGAGGAAUGCUGUAGGGCCUAAAUGCAGACUACUAUAUGAGCAAUAUGUAAAUCUGACAAAUGAGGCAGCCAGAUUGAACAACUUCACAGACGUUUCUGAAUACUGGCUUGAUGAUUACGAGGAUCCCAAUUUUAAAUCGCAAAUCCAGAGUUUGUGGGAGCAACUUAAACCACUCUACCUUCAGAUCCAUGCUUACGUGCGCACAAAACUAAGGGGAAAAUAUGGUGAAAUCGUUAGUGAAAAAGGACCCAUACCCAUGCAUCUGUUGGGAAACAUGUGGGCACAAUCCUGGAGCAAUGUAGCUGAUUUCAUGCUGCCCUAUCCAGACGCAAAAGACGAAAAUUUAACAGAAGAACUAAAAAAGCAGAAUUAUACAGCCACGAAGAUAUUCAGGACAGCAGAGGAGUUCUUUAAAUCGAUAAAUUUAUCAGAGAUGCCAGAAACAUUCUGGAACAAUUCCGUCUUGGAGAAGCCAUCGGACAGGGAAAUAGUUUGCCACGCUUCAGCGUGGGACUUCUUCGACCAAAAAGACUUUAGGAUUAAACAAUGCACUGAAGUAACCGGUGAACAUUUUAUCACAGCCCAUCACGAAAUGGGUCACAUUGAAUACUUCCUACAGUACAAAGACCAGCCAGUUAAAUUCAGAGAAGGAGCUAACGAUGGUUUCCAUGAAGCUAUCGGAGAUCUUAUAGCUCUUUCAGUUGAAAGUACCAAACAUUUAAGGAAGAUUGGAUUGGUACACAGCGAGAAAGAUGAUCCCAAACAAGUACUUAAUAAUUUGUUUAAGCUGGGUUUAUCCAAAAUCACUUUCCUACCAUUCGGGUACUUGAUGGACUUGUGGCGGUGGGACGUAUUUUCCGGCAAAACCAAACCCGAAGACUACAAUUGCAAAUGGUGGGAACUGAGGGAAAAGUACCAAGGAGUCGAACCGCCAGUGGAUAGGAGCGAGGAAGAUUUCGACCCAGCUGGAAAGUACCACAUUAUCGCCGAUGUACCAUAUUUGAGGUACUUCAUUAGUUUUGUCAUCCAGUUCCAGUUCCACAGGUCGCUGUGCGAAAAAGCCGGCCAAUACGAGCACAACAAUUUGGAAAAACCAUUACACGAAUGUGACAUUUAUCAAAAUCAAGCUGCUGGAAAUGUCUUAAAACAAAUGUUGGCUAUGGGAUCUUCGAAACCGUGGCCCGAGGCAAUGGAAGUUGUUACUGGUCAAAGAAAAAUGGACGCCAGCGGUAUACUGGAGUAUUUUAAACCACUCCAAACAUGGCUGGAGGAAGAAAACAGAAAAUCUAACGCUUUUAUAGGAUGGGAGCCUUCUAAAAAAGUGUGUGUAAGGACAAGACAAGAACUACUGGACGCGCAAAAAGAUAAUACUACAACAAUUCCUGCUCAAGCUUAAGUAAUCGAAUAAAAACCUUAAGAAUAUUUUUAUUACUGUACUUAUUUUUAUAUCUACAACCUGUUAUCUAUAAUAAAGAAAUAUGUUUUAAA